AUGAAUCUUGACUUGAUUCUCAAUCCCAUCGGCGCCCAGCCUGCGCAAGCUGCGGCGGUCAUUGUGGCCAUUCCAGCACAACCAGUCAGCACCACGACUGCACCCGAUCUCAACCAGGUCUUCGUCUGCGAGUUCUCAGGCGCUGGGAGCUGCAACACCGAGCAGGAGUUCACACCGUUUUUCCGGUCGGUCGUCUCUGACUUCUUCGGCCGCAACAAGCUCCAAACGAUGUGCAUUCCCAACGUCAUCUGGUGCAGAAUGCACUAUCAGCGUGCGUCGUCCCGCCGGCCUAAGAAUCAGAAGAUGGCAUGGCAACACCAGAGGAUUGCGAUCAUCCGGGAAGUGUUCGACCGCAUCGCCGCAUUGCACCCGGGCGUAAGCUACGAUGUUCAGCUCGUAGCUAGGGAGCAGGAUCGCCUGGACCAGUGGCUGCGUUUCAACAGGGGAAUGGAGGCUGAUCCGCGCAUUGCGGAGGCCAAGGCCCCGGAGCCGAAAGGCAAAGGUCGCGUGACCUUCAAGGCUCCUUUUGAGGUCCUGGCGAAGCUCGAUCCGUACAAGGGCAAGAACAAGUCGAGAGCGGAGUGCGAGGUGAUCCUCGCUUUCAUCGCGCAGAUGGUCGACAACGAAGAGACCGAGCAGGUCCCCGUCGUCGAAUUUCUCAAGCGUUGCGGAAACCCAAACCAGCCUGUCACCUGCUCGAAGUGCAUCCUCGCCGCCGGCACAGGCAGCAACCUAUACGAUGCCAGCACCUUCCUCGCUGCUGCCGCUCACCUUUCGCCCACUCUCACUCUUCAAGCCGCCCAGCAGGCCGCCCGGCAGGCCGCCCAGGAGGUUGCCCAGGAGGCUGGCCAGGAAGCCGAUGCUUGA